GGUUCCAGUAGUUCCUCUAUUGAACAGUGUCAAGACAGCCCUUUGUUAGGGAGGCUCUAAGGCUGGAGUAGAUCACAUAUCUCUAGCAGAAGCAACACCUCUCGAACACAAAGCUUCAACCUUCUAGCACUGACACUUUUAACAGGAAAACAACGCUCCCUUUCUGACAAUCAAAACACCACGACCUAGAAAGGUCACAUUGGUUUAGAGACUGACAACAAUGGCAGAGUACAACGACUUCUUGGCUUUUUACAACGAUGAAAAUGACACGGAUCAUAACGGCACAGACCCCAGCUAUGUUGUGGAUGAACUGGUGAGUCUUUGUGCCACAGCUGCCGUGAACAGAUUUGGAGCCAAGUUCAACCCAACAUUCUGCACCAUCAAUUUCCUGUUGAGCAUCAUUGGGAAUGGGCUGGUUCUGUGCAUUAUCUGCAAAUAUGAGAAGCUCACUUCCGUCACCAACAUCUUCCUCCUCAACCUGGUCAUCUCUGAUCUGCUGUUCGCCUCCAGUUUACCCUUCUUGGCCAUUUACUACUACUCUGAGUGGAUCUUUGGCCCGGUCAUGUGCAAGCUGGUGGGUAGCGUGUACUUCAUAGGAUUCUACAGCUCCGUCCUCUUCCUCACUCUCAUGACCUUUGACCGGUACCUGGCUGUGGUCCAUGCCAUCAACUCUGCCAAAUGGAGGAGGAAGAUCUACGCCUGUGUCUCCUCAGCAGUUGUGUGGUGUAUCAGCCUUCUGGCCAGUGUCAAGGAGUUGGUUCUAUACAACGUCCGGAAGGAUCCUCGAGCCGGACACCUUUGUGAGGAGACUGGCUUCUCCAAGGAGAUCAUGAUGAAAUGGCAGCUUGUUGGAUACUAUCAGCAGUUUGUGAUCUUCUUCCUGUUUCCCUUGGCUAUGGUCAUGUACUGCUAUGUUAGAAUCACGGUCCGAAUCAUGUCAAUCCGGAUGAGUGAAAAGUGCAGGACAGUCAAGCUGAUUUUUGUGAUUAUAUUCACGUUUUUUGUGUGCUGGACCCCAUACAAUGUUGUGAUUCUGCUGAGGGCCCUCCAGUUCUCCACCAGUGAUGAUUCUGAGCCGUGUUCUGAAGUGCUUGAUUACGCUCUGUAUGUCACUAGGAAUAUAGCAUACCUCUACUGUUGUGUGAGCCCUGUCUUUUACACAUUUGUUGCGAAAAAGUUUCAGAGUCACUUUAGGAAACUACUUGCAAAGCACAUCCCAUGUCUGAAGAGACAUAUCCUGACUAGCCAAAGUAGCAACAGUAGAAGAACUUCUCAGAAAAGUCCACAUUCCAUUUAUGAAUACGAGAGAACAGGAACUGGUCUUUAAAACAGAGAGUAUUGAUGUGCAGUGUUUGACUUGGAGUGAAAUAGGUUCCGGUACUCAUUUUGGGUGCCGGUACUGUUUAUAUUUAGGUGCAGGAACUCCACAAUACUU